AGACACCUACAUCAAUUAUGUCAUCACCUUCACAAGAAGGGAAGUUGUGAGUUUGUUUCGAAAAUCCUUCCGAUGGCACAACAAGUUCAAGUUCAAGUAUUCAGUACAUGUUAUUAUUGUCCACCACCUCAAUAUGUAUCCCUUCGCCGAAUCGGAAUUUUGAACCAAUUAAAGUGUGCUACUAUUCCUUCACUCUCAGUUUCCGCCUCUUCUGUUCUUCGCAACGCGUCGUUUUGCUGCACCUCUUCUGUCCCAUGCAAUUUGCCUUCUUCACCCAAAAUCUUCGUCAAAGGGCUUCCUCUCUCAACCUCCGAAGGACAUUUGAUGAAGGUGUUUUCAGAGUUUGGUGAAGUUACUCUAAUCCAGCUUCCAAUAGAUAAAGAAUCAGGGCAGUCUUUAGGAUUUGCAUACAUUUGGUUUGUCAAGGAAGAGUCUGCACAAUUGGCUGUCCUAGAGAUGAAUGGAAAGUUUUUUUAUGGCAGGUUUAUUUAUGUUACCAUUGCAAAGCCUGGAUCAUCAAAAAGUUCCAAGAGGGCAACGGCCUACAAAUUUUAAUCAUAUGAAAAAUCGGCAAUCACAUUUUAUUCGUCCCUUUCCUCCCCCCCAAAAAAAAAAGAAAAAAGGAAAAGCUAUUCUAGCAAUUUUUUUAUAAUUGUCAGUGCCCAUAAACUUUUCCACUGUCUUCUUGUUGAAUCUCGGUGGCUGCUUUGAUAGCUGUUGUGACUACACUCAAGGCUCCGGAUAUGGUACCUCAGUGAUCGGCCAGUGGAGCUGCAAGUAAGGGUGGGACCAACACUCAAGAAGAAUAGAAGAUUCACACGUUGAAGCAAGGGUCUUCUCAAAGACUGAAAUAUAAAAGCAUAUAUGCCUGGAAGGAGUCAUAGAGUUGGUUGGAGCUUGAAGAGCUUAUUGUGUUGCUAUGAUGAAACUUGCCACCCUUUACCCUUAUAUUUGGAUUUAUGAUAGAGGGUGUCAUUUCUUAACGAUGGUUAAGCAGCAGUAUAUUAGCCACCAGGAUCGGAGGGAGUCUUCUGGGAUCAUCAGAGAGGUUCUAUCUUAGUUCCUAAGAGAAGGAGACCAGAUUCUGCUGAAUUUCAAUUGGCUCUUAAGUCUAAACUGAUUUCUCGAGUUUGUUUGUCAUUAGUUAGCUAAUUUUGUUAAGAAUGGAUGUCAUUAUUUAUUUUUUUGUAUUUAUCUUUAGUUGUAUCUUUUGUAUUGAUAAAUAAGUUAUUUUUCUUUGAAUAAAUAUACAUAAUUAUCCUUCCUUCUAAA